CCGACGCGCCUGUGAAAGACGCGGAGCACUUGCGCAAGCCUUCACUGCGUUCUCUAGACUGUGCGUGCUCUGGUUCCGUGUAGUUUUCUUUGUCGCGACGCAGUCACCGCAUCAAUUGCGCACCCUGCACGAGUUUCCACCAAAUCAACACUCUCGGCGCAACCAUGUCUGGGUUCACAUUCGGACAGCCAGCCGGCAACAACGCCGGCUCAGGCGCAGCUAAGCCCGCCGGUGGACUGUUUGGCGGCGCAAGCAACACAACUGGCAGCUCGUCCCCAUCCCUCUUCGGCACCGCAAAUACCGGAUCGAGCACACCGAGUACGGGACUGUUUGGCAGCGGUGGAGCAAGUUCGGGAGGCGCAGGUCUCUUCGGUGGUGGAGCGUCCAGCACACCGGCUGCGAGCAAGCCUACUGGGAACCUCUUCGGUGGUGGAGGAGCUACAUCAGGCGCGUCCUCAACGCCAAGCUUUGGAGGUUUCGGUACAGCAGCAAAGACUGGCGGUGAUGCGCCCAAGCCGUCUAUGUUUGGAGGUGCUUCAACUGGAGCUACGCCAGCUGCUUCCUCAGCGUCUACCCUGUCGUUCGGUGGGUUCGGUGGAACAACUGGCUCGUCAACACCCGCUGCAACGCCCGCCCCCAGCAAGACAUUCUCCCUCCCCUCAACUACACCCGCCGGACCUCCUCCAGGAUCAGGCCUGUUCGGACAGACUCCUGCUGCUUCAUCUGGGACAAGCUUAUUCGGAGGAACCGCAUCGAAGCCUGCGGCGGCACCAGCAUCCAGCACAUCAUCCAGCUUGUUCGGUGCCAAACCUGCAGGCGCAUCCACCCCUACAACAGGUCUAUUCGGAGGCGUAACUAGCUCGAACGUUGCGAACAAGAGCGCAACCCCGCCGACCCCAGCUGGGCUAUUUGGUGGAGCAGCCCCUGCAGCCGCCUCCGGCUCGCAAGAGACACCCAAGCCAGCAGCAGGACUGUUCGGUGGAGGUGGUCUCUCUAGCACAACACCCGCAAGCAAGCCCCCUACAUUCAGCCUUGGAGGAUCUACACCUGCAGCGCAGCCUGCUGCCUCACAGCCAGCAGCGACUCCUUCGCUGGGAGGCUUCAGCCUAGGUGGAGGCGACAAAGACAAGGCUGCGACUUCUUCAGCAGCACCAACACCCGGUCUUUUUGGCGCUGCAGGAUCAUCUGCACCGAGUGCCCCUGCAGCAGGUGGUAGUUCUGCAUUCGGCAUGUUCAAGAAGCCUGAUACGCCUGCCAGCUCGACACCUGCAAGUGGAGCCACAACAACUGCAACUAGCGGUGCUACAGCCACUGCUACCAGCUCAGCUCCGUCGCUGUUUGGCGGUGCUGGAGGUGCGAGCUCCGCAACCCCAGCCUCUUCCGCUGCCGCACCAACAUCAGGAGCAACAGGAGGCCUAUUUGGUGGUCUGGGUGGCGCAAGCUCGAAGCCCACAUCAACCACAGCACCAGCUUCGACUCCUGCUCAGCCUGCACCUACACUUGGAGCUACACCUGCAGCCUCAGGUGACGCAGCCAAGAGCGGACUUGCAAACUCGACUGCUGGCCCAGCACCAUCCGCUCAGUCACGUCUCAAGAACAAGUCUAUGGACGAGAUCAUCACACGAUGGGCCGCCGACCUAUCCAAGUAUCAGAAGGAGUUCCAAUCGCAAGCCGAGACAGUUGCACAGUGGGACCGAGCACUAGUCGAGAACUCCGACAAGGUCCGCCAGCUGUACUCCAAGACCUUCCAAGCCGAGCGCGAUGCUGCGGAAGUCGAGAGGCAACUGACGAUGAUGGAGGAGAACCAGCAGGAGCUCGACUCGUACCUCGACCGAUACGAGAAAGAGAUCGAGAACUUGAUGAAAGUGCAUGGUGUCUCUGGCAGAUCUGAUGGUCUGCGUGGCCCUGAUCAGGAGCGUGAGAGGACAUACAAACUCGCCGAGAAAUUGCAAGACCGCCUUAACGAGCUUAACAAGGAUCUCACAGAGAUGAUCGAGGAAAUCAACAGCACCUCGCAAACACUCAGCAAGACCGGCAAGCCUGACGAUCCUCUCACAAAGGUCGUCCGCGUCCUAAACACCCAGCUCUCGCAGCUUCAGCUCAUCGACUCCGGCGCCUCGCAACUGCAGGAGAAGAUCAACAAGGCACAGAAGGAGAGCCGAGCUGUCGGCGCCAACGGCUGGAACGGCCUAGGUACAGAUCCGGCAGACGACUUCUACAGGAGCUUCCGAGGAAACAGGGUGGAGCGUUAUGGCGGUCACGCGUAGGUCUGUCGAUGUAUGGUACGAUAUGGAUCGGGUUGAAUGGAAUGCAUGAUUGGGCGUUCUUUGGCGUCACUUCGGCUGACGGCUGCAAAGAGCAGGAGCACUACGUAGCAAAAUAUUUGAGCAUCACAAAG